AUGACGCGCACUCGAAAGCAAAGGAUUGCAUACCUGUACCGCAUGAUCAAUCAAAACUUUGAACAACUAUCAACCUUACUCAAUCAAAAAGAAGAAGAAGAGCCAGCGCCAGAGGAAAAGGAAAAGAAAAAGAAAGAUCCACGAAAACCCAAAAAGCCUGUUUGCGGCUAUGCCUUUUUCACCCAAGCAGAGAUGGAAGCCGCCAAGGAAGAGUUGGGGGUGAAUCCCAGGAUGAGUUCAGUGAUCACAUUAUGCGCAAAGAAAUGGAAAACGUUGACUCCAAAACAAAAGGAGCCUUAUGAAAAAAUGGCCCGUGAAAGCAAGGAGGAAUACUACAAGAAACUCAAGAUAUACAACCAAAUCAUCAGGGAAGAAAAACGACAACCUGUUUCGGGUGAAUCUUCCAAAAGUGUGAACCAGGAGAACAACAAGAAGGAGGAAGCCAAUAAGAAGGUGGCAACUACAACCAAACAUGUGUCUUUCAAGGAUGAUCAAAACAUGGAAAAUGACAGUGACAAGGAAAUCGAAGAGGCGAGCGAGGAGUAUUGA